AUGUCGAUACAACGCACACCACCAAAAUUUUCGUCCAAUCCGAAUUUAUCUGCGUCGGCGGAGGUAGAUGAUAUUUUUGUCAAUUCACGUAAGCAUAAGCAACCUGAAGAUGAUGACAUUACUUACCGAAUGAAAAUAUUGGGAGAUAAACUCGAUAAAUUUGAUCAAAAUAUAUUGGAGACUAUAACCAAGUCCUUGCAAUUAAUUUUGGCAAGUGAAUUGUCUAAGAUAACAGUGUCAUUGGCCACUCUAAAUGACACUGUUCAUGGCCUGCGCUCCGACAAUGCAAGCUUCAAAGAAUCCCUUAAGGGUAUAAAUAGCCGCCCGACGGACAUGGAAAAAUUACUUAAUUAUAGUAAUACACGCCAGGACACCUUCCUCGAACAAUUACAAACCUUACGAAAUCAAAUGCAGCCUGUCGGUGACCUACCUUGCCAUUUAAAAAAUCUUGAGAGCAAAUUAGAAUAUAGGGAACAGCAAGCUCGAGACUGCAAUAUUGAAAUCAUUAACUUGCCCGACAGACGUAAUGAGAACCUCACAAAUAUUGUAAUGGGCAUUGGUGCAGUCAUCAAACAACAAAUACUUGCGUCCGAUAUUGUAGCGGUUCACCGUGUACCUCACGCAGACCAAAAAGAUACCCGACCUAAAAAUGUUAUUUAA